AUGGUCAAGAUGGUACCGACACUGGCAGUCAACCACAAGUGGACAGAGUCUCUCGAUCGCUGGCUCGGGUGCGCGAGCGCCCCAGACGGCGCAGAAUGCAUCGUACUGCACGAGUAUCUGGGCGAUGUGGAGGACGUCCACCACCGCGCCAUCCUGGAGCCCGGGCAGACCACCCAACUCCCCAUCUUGUACCUGUCGAACAUUUCGUUCUUUCCCGGACGCACGACGCCGCUGCACUUUUUCAUGCAACACCAACUCGCUGCGAUCAACCGGGCCAUGCAGGGCUCGCGGAUAAUCGGGCUUUGCCACACAUCAGAUCUCGCGCACCGCAACAACAACAACGCCAAUCGCGGCAUCGCCCAAGGCGUUGCGGCUGAAAUCAUCUCCAUCCGCAACCGCGACGCUGGACGCGUCACGAUUGUCGCCCAAGGCCGCUAUCGUUUCCGCAUUGUCUCGCAUUAUCCCUCUGCUGCCCAGUUCCACCAAGGGCAGGAUCCAACGGAUGGAACAGACGCGAACGUGGUCAUUCUUGACGAGGGCGAGCCUGCGUGCUACCCGGUGUCGCAGCUCUCGUUCCGACCUGCUGCCCUGCGCUACUCCAUUGGUGGUGGCUUACCACGAACCACGCCCAAUCUCAUCCCGUUCCACGCCAUGGUUGCCUCGCCUUCGUCCCGUCUACCAGCCGCCCAAGCGGCCUCUCUGCUUGCAUCGAACGAUGGCGAUGUGAUGCAAACCGAGCCGAGCGUGUCUCAAGGUCGCAUUACUGGUGAUGGCACCGCAAUCGUGCCGUCGUCUUGCACCACGACGGAUGGUCGGGAUGACCCCGUUCUGGCCCAAGUGAUGCAGUCGUGGCGGAAACCAUCGGCCCCUGUCGCCAGCAUUUCGUACUGGCCAGCCUGGGUCACGCGGUACUACGAUCCCUAUGUGCUGCGUGAUCGUGCCCUCGCCCUUCUUGUGGCGGAUUUCGAGCCGGAAGCACUCACGUCGACCGCAACCUCAUCAGGGAAUCGACAAACUAGAGGCGAGGCAAACUCGCAGAAUUUUCUUGGGCGGGAAUCAGACACGAGCGCUGGUAGUGCUACUAACCAGCAGCGCCAUCACAGCCGGCUCGCCAACAUGUCAAUUCCAGAAAAUCCCAUCGCCUUCUCGUAUUGGCUCGCCAGCAACUUGCCAGUCAGCCCAGAAACGCAGCAAACGCUCCAGAAGAUUGACACUGUGGUUGAACGGCUGCGCAAGGAGAUUGAUGUCAUAGCAAACCUGGCACCGCUGUGCUGCUCCCGCUGCCUCCGUGAAAUCUCGUCGUUGCGUGCCGUGGUUGGCAUGUCGUCUGCUGGAUUUGCCAACGCGUUUGUCAACUCGUUUGGCGUCGUCCACGACACCAUCACCUGCUUUACCGCACAGGCACUGAACUUGGUCGGUCAGCCCUCGCUGCAGGACACGUGGUUUCCGGGCUACGCGUGGCAGAUUGCCAUCUGCUCGGGCUGCUACACGCACAUUGGCUGGCACUACACUGCAACGCAGCCGCAUCUGCAGCCUCGCCGAUUCUGGGGCUUGAGUCGGGCCAACUUGAUUGAUUCUGCGCCUGCCUUUGGUGAUGAAGACAAUGAUGCUCUGGAUUUUGCUGCGUCUCUCAAUGACGAGAUUUGA